AUGACAUUGUCGAAGUUUUAUGAGGAGGAGAAACGUCAGCAGCAGGUCACAGCAUCACUUCGCCAAAAUUUCCUACAAGAAACAACAAUUCUUCGGCAUGAUAUGGACAAUUCACUGUCUCUGCUUACUACUCAGUUGCAGCAAAAAUUUGAUUUGCUUGAUAGGAAACUGGCAGAAAUCGAACCGAAAAAUAAGACCAACCAAGAUUUAUCAACUUUGGAACAGAAAUAUGAAGCUCUUGAACAAAAUUGCAAAAACUUGAAGAGAGAAAACACGGAGUUGCAGAACAAAUUCAGUCUUGUGGAAACAAAACUACUGCUAAUUAUAAACAAAGUGAAAAACCUUGAUGAACAGAAAACUGGAUUAUGUAAUUGCGCUAAAACUAACCUUUCCAUUCAAAAUAAAGAAUUAGCAGUAUUGAGAAAUAAAUCAAAUUUGUUAGACCAAGAAAUGUUAAAUUUGACCCAGUUAGUAAGCUUACAACCACUUCAAGAAAUUAAAACUUUACAACAAACAGUACACACAAUUUUAGCACAGACAACUUCCUUGAGCAUGAACGAAAGUGCACGUAGUCAAGACUAUCUGACAUUAUACAAUAUGACUACAAAUUCGCUGAAUGAACUUGAUGUGCGCACGAAUAGUAAAAUAAAACAACUCGAAAAUGAUUAUAACACUUCUGUUUAUACUAUAAAACACCACGUGGAUGAUCUCCUCAAUGCAACGAGGGUUAAUCAGAAAAACUCGAUGAUGUAUUUGGAACAUAGUUUAGACAUACAACUGCAACAUAUUCAGAGGAAUCAGAAGGUAGAAGCUAAAGGUGAAACUGAUAAUAUAAAUAAACAAGAAGUACACAAACUUCUACACAAUUAUGAAAUGGAUCAGAUAUACCGGAAAUCUUCUUCACUUACUUCUGAAGGAUGCUUAUCGUUUUGGCUACCAGAAUCAAAGUUAGAGGAUAUAGAGAUUUUAGAUGGAGAUUCAUUACGGAUAACAACAAAGAAGAACAGUCCUUUUAUAGAAAACUUAACGAAAGUGGAAAUUGAAUCGUCAACUGUGUCAAAUUUUUCAGGAGAAGAAGUUGGUGCAAAUUGGACUGAUAAAAUUAUGUCUAUGAAAUCUAAUGAAAGAGAAACGACUCCAGCUGACGAUAACAACGACGACGAAUGGGAUGACUAAGUUCUUACUUAUGGGAAAUGAAUCUCAAAGGAAGAUAAGAAUCUAAUGGAAUAAUACAUUCUACACAGACUUCAGUAAUAAUAUGGAUUUUUAUAUACCGUGAUGAUGGAGAUAUUUUGACAAAUGAGCCAUGUAACAGGAUUAUGUUUCGCUGUUAUGUAAUAGAACAGGACUGUAAAUAGGAACUAAUAUUGAAUUGUUACAAUUCUAGUGUUACGACUGUGGUGCAGGUUCAAAUUGUGCAAUAAAAUAAUUAUACACAUG